UCAAGAAACUCUGAAAUGCUGUUAAAAGCCAGACUGGGUCCAUGAGCUUCUCUGCUACUUUUAAAAAAAUGUAUAAUUCAAUAGAAAAGGACAAAAUUACCCAGGAUAUGGUCAAAUGCUCAGGGCUGACUGGGCGAACUGUUUGGAACUCACGUGCUUUUCACCUGACUGACAGCUAAUUAUCCAUCCUCUACACCUGUGUGAUUUCAACUGGAUACAGAGGUAAAAUGGUUUGUUUUUUCUAAGCACAGUAAGCUCACAUGCCUCCAGCUCUCGCGAUUUUCAAACGGUAAAACUAAGCUUCAACACGUGACAAUUAAUUUCCCAAAAGCUGCAUUUCUUUGCGAAUAUAAACUUUUAAAAAUCUGGUUAAGGUGUAUUUUGUUCGUGUUAGCUUGCAGCCUAUAGCUGUGGCGAUUAGCCGCCGGCUAACAUAUUUUUAGCGUCAGGUAAAUGAAACCCUAUGUUAACAGCAUGACCGCAUGUCGAGGAGGAGGCGUGGCGUGAUGCGCGCUCUCGCCCCCCAACGUGCACGCGGCAGGCUGACACCUUAGCGGUCUGCUAAAUCACUGCAUUGGAGCAGCGGGAGGAGUAAAAAAGGGAGGGUGGAGGACACCGGCUGCCCUGCCUCCAAUCCGCAUGUGAGCAGACACAGCAGGAAGACAGAGCUCCAUCACAGGGCAACAAAGGGACGCAUGCUUUAUUCAAAACCUCAAGUAAAAAAAAAAACAAAAUUUAAUGCUUCCUGCGUAUAAAUCCAGUCUGAUUUCAUCUGUCCUCACCUCAAACUAAGAGAAUAAUAAGACAACACAGCCAUGGAGCUGGAGCAUUUUGAUGAGCGGGACAAGGCUCAGAGAUACACCAGGAGAGGCUCAAGAGGUAAUGGGCUCCCCAGCCCCACUCAUAGCGCUCACUGCAGCCUGUACAGAACAAGGACACUUCAAGCUCUGAGCUCCGAAAAGAAGGCCAAGAAGAUUCGUUUCUACCGCAACGGUGACCGAUACUUCAAAGGUAUCGUGUAUGCCAUUUCUCAGGAGAGAUUUGGGUCUCUGGAUGCCCUCCUUGCAGACCUCACGAGAUGUCUGUCUGAUAAUGUCACCUUGCCCCAAGGGGUCAGAACAAUAUAUAGCAUUGAUGGGACAACCAGGAUCACCGCCAUGGACCAGCUAGUUGAAGGUGAGAGCUAUGUCUGUGCAUCCAUAGAGCCCUACAAGAAGGUGGACUACACAAAGAAUGUAAAUCCCAACUGGUCCGUAGGUGCCAAGACCUCUCGUGAUCCAUCGUCCCUUGGUAGUUCCAAGUCUGGGCCUCUGGAAACCAGGGAGAGCAAAGACUUUAUAAAACCCAAACUGGUAACUAUUGUCCGCAGUGGAGUAAAGCCCCGCAAGGCUGUACGUGUUUUACUCAACAAGAAGACGGCACACUCCUUUGAGCAAGUCAUGACUGACAUCACAGAUGCCAUUAAGCUAGAUUCUGGAGUCGUCAAAAGGAUAUAUACUGUUGACGGCAAAAUGGUCACAAGCCUUCAGGACUUCUUUGGGGAAGAUGACAUAUUCAUUGCUUGUGGUCCUGAAAAGUUUCGCUACCAAGAUGAUUUCAGUUUGGAUGAAAGUGAAUGCAGGGUGACCAAAUCUUCAUCGUAUGGUCGGCUCCCCUCAAUUCAAAGUCGCUCUUCUCCAAGAAGUGGCGGGAUGUCCAGAAGAAGCAAGUCUCCCUCCUCCCCUGGAUCAACUAAUGGCACUGUAGGCAGUCAGCUGUCCACACCUCGUUCUGGAAAGUCUCCAAGCCCCUCUGCAACCAGUCCAGCUAGCCUUAGAAGACAACAAGGUUCUCAACACAGUGGAUCUUCACUCUCGUUAGCUUCUACUAAAGUGUGCAGCUCAAUGGAUGAAGGGGAUGGGCCUAACAAUGAAGUUGAGCAUUUGGAUGAGUCCACUGUAGCUCCCGCUGCCAUAGGAGAUAGGUACAAAGUUGGAAGGAUUUUAGGUGAUGGGAACUUUGCUGUGGUCAGAGAAUGUGUGGAAAGAUCUACUGGAAGAGAGUAUGCUCUCAAAAUCAUCAACAAAGACAAAUGCAAAGGAAAGGAGCACAUGAUACAAAGUGAAGUAUCCAUCCUUCGACGUGUGAAACAUCCAAACAUUGUACUUUUAAUUGAAGAAAUGGACACAGACUGUGAGCUUUAUCUUGUAAUGGAGCUGGUUAAGGGCGGUGACCUCUUUGAUGCCAUUACGUCGUCAAACAAAUACACAGAGCGUGAUGCCAGCUGUAUGCUGUUCAACCUGGCAAGUGCUAUCAAGUACCUUCACAGUCUCAACAUUGUUCAUAGAGACAUUAAACCAGAAAAUCUGCUGGUGUACGUUCAUCAUGAUGGUAGUAAAUCUUUGAAGCUGGGUGACUUUGGCUUGGCAACUGUUGUCAAUGGUCCUCUUUAUGCUGUUUGUGGAACGCCCACCUAUGUGGCACCAGAGAUUAWUGCUGAAACAGGAUAUGGCCUCAAAGUUGACAUUUGGGCAGCUGGUGUCAUCACUUACAUACUGCUUUGUGGCUUUCCUCCAUUUGUUGGUACUGGAGAAGACCAGGAGGCCCUUUUUAAACAAAUUUUGAAGGGUCAGCUUGAUUUUCCUGCACCAUACUGGGACAGUGUGUCUGACUCUGCCAAGGCUCUGAUCGGUGGGAUGCUACAGGUAGUGAUGGAUCAAAGAUACACGGCUGUACAAGUGCUGGAUCACCCCUGGGUCAAUGGUGAUGGUCUGUCAGAGAAAGAGCAUCAACUUCCUGUUGCUGGAAAAAUCAAGAAGCAUUUCAACUUUGGACCGAAGCUCAACAGCACUACAGCAGGAGUGUCAGUAAUUACAACCACGCCACUUGAUAAAGAGAAGCAAGUUUUCAGAAGAAGAUGCCACCAGGAUGUAAAGCUUGUUCACAACCUCCCACACAGUACUGGUGCCAACCCCUCAAACAGUGCCAACCUGGUCCUGUCUCCUGCUGGUUUCACCUCCGAAUCUGAAGAUUAUUCCCCAAAUUCGGCUGACAAUGUUCAUUCACCCACUUCUCCAUUCUAAAUCUUCCUGAAAUGUCAACGUUGUCUGAUCUUCUGUGGGAAAGGUGGGGUGUAUAAAAGAAAAUCCAGAAUUGGAAAUAGUCUGCUGAGUUGACAUUCAGACCCCCCAAUAUUUAUCCACGUUUGUAUAAAAUACAUUUAAGAUAGAAGAAAAACUCACUUGAAUUAAAACAAUACAACUUGAUAGCAUGCAACAAAUUAGAUGGAUAUGACAUAUUUCCAUUUUUAGUAACUCUGAAAACAUUUUUUUAAUAGUUCAAAAUGUAAAACAGUCAGAUUUAAGUUAUUUGUUUGUUGGCCCUUUUUAUUUUUCCUGCUUAAAAUCACUGGUUUCCAGUACUAUAGAGCCCUCUGAUGGUUAGAUUGUGCACUGCAGGAUGGACUACCAGCCUUGUUCUUUCUUUGAAUGUACUGUAUACAUAGGUGCAUCUAAAUAUUUCAUUAUAUUUACUAACCACCAUUCCAAUUUAUCACUUCCUACAGUAUUAACAGCAUCAGUCAACUUUUGUCAACUGACCUUAUGACAGCUUUGUGCUUUAGGGCCCAAAGUUGUACCGUAUGAGUACUGCACUUUUUUAGAUAUUCAUAAUGUAAAAUAAAUGCUGCUACACUUUACUGUAACCAGGAAGAGAGACUUUGAGAAGAUUUUCUCUGUUUUAUAAUAGCUUGCCACUUCAAAAGAACAUACGGUGCUAAUGUUUGACUGCCGGUCUAAUUUAGCAGUUCACGCAAAAAUUACCAAAUUGUAGUUUUUGGUUGAGUGGCUGUAAUGGUGGCAAUACAAAUGAAUGUCAGUUCUGUGUAGUAUCGUCUUGUCACAUAUGGACUCACUCUAGUGAAAUUACAUGUACUGUCCAGUGGGCACAAAGUGAACUAUGCCCUUUUAAAGUGGUGAUAUGACAAAAUUUGUUGCUAGAAAUGAUUGGCACAUCUGAUUUUCACACAUUAAGUUGAAUGUUUAACAAUUCAACAGUGCUUCCAGUAAAAUUGUGUUUUUGAAUUCAUAAUUAAACAGCUGUUUUUGUUGCACAUGUCUUUAAUCAAACAACUCUAGCCUUCUGUGGGUGACAGAUCAGAUAUUCAUGGAUGUGACGUCAUUUUUGACCUCAGAGACUCUAACUUGCAUGUAUGCUAUUAUACACCAUUCAGCUGUUUUGGUCUUUUACGAUUGCUAUAUUUGUAAAAUAUGAAACAUUUGCUGCUGUAAUAGUUUUUAUGACUGUAUGUCAGUUAUGGAGCCUGUUCAUGGUCAUCAAUAGCAGAAUUAAGACAUCUGUAUGGGUUCAUACAAUAGCUAACAGCAGUGUUCACCAGUUUUUGUUUUUAAAGGGCUUUCUUGUUUUGUUUAGAAAGACGGGAACCAAAAAGCACAAGGAAAUCAAGUUAUGGUGGCAAGUGACAAAAGAAGAUGUUUGCUGUAACUGAAUUUGUUUUCCAUGUCUGAAAAAAAUGUAAUAUGUAGGUAGUUUUUGACUAAAUGUUAAUGGAAUGUUUGAUUGUAAA